AGCUGGCGAUAUUAAGUAACAAAAAAUAUUUAUAUCAAAGAUCUAUGUGCAUGGAUAAUAGCAACUUUGAACAAAACCCACUUUUAUCUUAUUGACAAAGUAUGAUAAUUAGUGGUCAUGAUACAGGAAUUUCUAACUUCAAUACCUUGGCUUGAUAAGAGUGGUUAAGGGGGUCCUAUUAUGCUCUUUUACAAUGUCUUGAAUUUGUUUUGGGGGUGUACUAGAACACGCUCUCAUGCUUGGUGGCUCAAAAAACAUUAUUUACAUUAUUACAAUAUCUCUCUAUCCAGCUUGACACAAAUGUCUCAGUUAGUUCUGGUUUUGAUGAAGACCUGCCUUCCGAAAAACAAAAUGUGUUGUGAUUGGUGAACAGCUCAGACGGUGUUUCAGUACUGCCCGCCCCUUGCAAAAGCAGCAAGUUCCCUCUGAUAAGGAUGGCAUCAAUAUUGCCAUAUAAAUUUGAUAUUGUUUUCUCCCAAGCCAUCAAACUGACUUCAUCAAAGCAAGAACGCCAUUCCAGAGCCGGAAGCGACGGCAGACUUUUUUGUUCCCAGUGUAUUGACUUGCAUGGUUCAAGUAUUUGCUACAAGACUAGUACUGUGCACUAAAAAUGCAAGUAGGGUUGUUUUUGAUUUCAUGAUGUACAAUCAUUUUCUAUACUUUUGGCAAAACUACUACAUACUGUAUACUGCCAUAUACCUGUAGAUAUAUUUUUUGUCCAUCCAUUUUUUCAAGGCACUCAUUUUUUCAAGCUUUGAAAUUGGUUUAAUCAGAGUCUUCUAAAAAGACACAUUCACUUUAUAUGAUGAAUAGAUUUUACAUAGUCUUUAAUUUACACAUAUAAAUAUUAUGCCCCCAAUUACCAUUACAAAAAUCUCAAUCUUACGCAUUUGCUCAUUGUGUGUAUUUGUGUCGUUAAAAUGGGGUAACUUACAGCACAAGGAAGCUUGAUUUCAAAUUUGAUUUCAAACUUAAUUAAAUUUACAAAAAGAAAAAAAAAAGAAAAGAAAAGAAAACCGUGGGCGUACUCAGUAAUGACCUGUGAUUUAAAAGUAACAAAGUAGAUUAUUUUGCUUAUUAUUUUACUUAAGUACAAGUAAAAGUACAGCUUUAAAAAUAUAUUUAAAAAAGUACAAGUACCCCAAAAAUCUAAUUUAUUACAGUAACGUGAGUAGUUGUAAUUUGUACUUCCCACCACUGUUACUUUGUUACAAUACACCACUAAUGGUCAUGUAGGAUCAUACUACUAUGGCAAAUGAGGACGUCAAAAUGGCUGGUCAUCGCUGUUAAUCGUUACCAAAGUCUGCAAACACACAGGAGUCUAACGACAGGAAAUCUUUUACCAGAGAUUGGACUUUGCUUUGGAGUCACACCGCGAGACAAACAACAAGCCUACAUGACAGAUAGGCAUACUUCUAAAUAUCUAACUUUAAUGAACAAUUCUGUGAUACUGAUCAGCUGACUAUUUUCACAAACCAGUGUUGAUGCUUGCAAUGAGAGUUUAGCUGCAGUAUGUCAGAGGAACAAGGAAAAUUAUUUCUGUCUGAGAUGAGUCUCUCAAAGAAACAGAGUGUGAGACCAGGCUCUCAUGUGUCCAGCUCUGUGUCUGUGAGAAGUGACCGUUCAAAAGAUGACAUGCCUAACUUCAGUGAGAAAAAAACGUCACCUGCCAAAAGUGUAAGAUCAGGCUCUCUUGUGUCCAGCUCUGUGUCUGUGAAGAGUGACCGGUCAAAAGAUGAUAUGCCAAAUUUCAGUGAGAGAAAAACUCCACUCGCCAAAAGGCUUCAGUAUGAGACAUUCAAUUCAGAUAUCCAGACUCACAGGAACCACAAGACUUUCAAAGACAAUCUUCUUGGGAUUUUUCAGGAUCUUGAGACCAAAAUAAUCACAUUCCUAAAGAAUGAGCUUGGAAUGUUUAAGAAAAUCUUAAAAAAGGAGAACUUGCAGUCUUUAGUGAAGGACUUUAAUGAGGACAGAUGCAGUAUCAAAGAAGCAGCUCUUGACCUCACACUCUACUUCCUGAGAGAGAUGAAGCAAGAUGAAGCUGCUGAUACUCUAGAAGAUGAUCUUAUCUUCAUUCAUCAGCUAAAAUGUAGCUUGAAGAAUAAGUAUCAAUGUGUGUUUGAAGGAAUUGCAAAGCAAGGUGACUCUACACUUCUGAAUAACAUCUACACAAAUCUCUAUAUCACUCGGGGUUGUAGUGAACAGGUCAAUACUGAACAUGAGGUAAGACAGAUUGAAGUUACUUCCAGGCGUCAUGAAUCACAAGAGAUACAGGUUGAAUGCUCAAACAUAUUUGAAGCUCCUGAACAAGAAAAGCAGAUCAGAACUGUAUUGACGAAAGGAGUUGCUGGUAUCGGAAAAUCAGUCUCUGUGCAAAAGUUUAUUCUGGAUUGGGCUGAAGAAGAAAAAAAUCAGGACAUCAGUUUUAUAUUUCCUCUUCCAUUCAGAGAGUUGAACUUAAAGGAGAAAGAAACACAAAGUUUGAUGGACCUUAUAAAUCAGUUUUUCCCAAAGACAAAACGCCUGAACCUUACAAGGGGAAAUAAUUUCAAAGUCCUGUUCAUCCUUGAUGGAUUGGAUGAAUGCCGACUUCCUCUAAACUUUGAUGGUAAUCAAACGUGGUCUGAUAUAUCAUCACCAACCUCUCUGGAUGUUCUCCUGACAAACCUGAUCAAGGGAAAUCUGCUUCCUUCUGCUCUCAUCUGGAUCACCACCAGACCAGCAGCUGCCAGUAAGAUUCCUCCUGACUGUAUCGAUCGGCUGACAGAGAUACGAGGAUUCAAUGAUGCACAAAAGGAGGAGUACUUCAGAAAAAGAUUCACAGAUGAGAAUCUGGGCAACAAAAUCAUUGAUCAUGUUAGAAAAUCAAAGAGUCUUUUUAUCAUGUGUCACAUCCCAGUCUUCUGCUGGAUUUCAGCCACUGUUCUGCAGAACAUUUUAGAGGAGAAAAUAAAUAAUGAUCUGAGGAGCUACCAGGCUGAUGGCUCCUCUAAAAUACUCCAGGAAUCAAAUACAAAAGACACUCCAAAGACUCUGACACAAAUGUACACACACUUUCUCCGCUUUCAGAUCCAGCAGAGCCGUCAAAAGUAUGAUGGAGAAUACACACCAGAUGUUUCCUGGGAUAAAGACACCAUCCUUUCACUGGGGAAACUGGCAUUUCAUCAGUUGGAAAAAAACAACAUGAUAUUCUAUGACACAGACCUGGAAGCCUGUGGUAUUGACAUUUAUAAGUCAUCAGUGUAUUCAGGCAUGUGUACCCAGAUCUUUAAGGAGGAAACGGGGAUCAUUUUUGGUACCAUGUACUGUUUUGUUCACUUGAGCAUUCAAGAGUUUUUUGCAGCCCUUUAUGCACAUCUGUUUAUAGACAUCAGCAAGAAAAAUGUAUUUGUUCAAGACUCUACAGAACAGGAAAAACAUGAAGCCAUGAUUGAUUUGCUCAAGACUGCAGUGGACAAGGCACUUGAGAGUGACAAUGGACACCUGGACCUUUUCCUUCGCUUCCUUCUCGGUCUGUCACUCCAGACCAAUAGACUUCUCUUACGAGGUCUGUUGACACAGGAAGGCUGCAAUGACCAGAGAAAAAAGGAAAUAGUUCAGUACAUCAAGCAGAAAUUAGAAGCUAAUCUGUCUCCAGAGAGAUCCAUCAAUCUGUUCUACUGUCUGAAUGAACUGAAUGAUCAAACUCUGGUAAAAGAGAUUCAGACCCACCUCAGUAAAGGAAGUCUCUCAUCUUCUGAUCUUUCUCCUGCUCAGUGGUCCGCUUUGGCCUUUGUGUUGUUGACAUCAGAGGAAGAGCUGGAAGAGUUUGAGCUUCAGAAAUUCAAGAAAUCAGACGAGUGUCUCAUUAGAUUAUCAGCAGUCAUCAAAACCUCCAAAAGAGCUCUGUUAAAUGGUUGUAACUUAACAGACAAAAGCUGUUCAGCUCUGGCUACAAUUCUUGGAUCAGAUACCAGUCUGAAAGAGCUGAACCUGAACAAUAAUAAUCUGCAGGAUACAGGAGUGAAGCUGCUCUGCUCUGGACUGAAUAACAUACAGUGUAAAUUGGAGAUGCUGAGUCUUUCAGACUGCAGUAUCACUGAAGAAGGUUAUAAAGCUCUGGCUUCAGCUCUGAGAUCAAACCCUUCACACCUGAUAGAGCUGGAUCUCACAGGAAAUGAUCCUGGACAAUCAGGAGUGAAGGAGCUCUGUGAUGUACUACACGAUCCAAAGUGUAAACUGAAGACACUGAGGUUUUUGGGUCCUGCUGCAGAAGAAGCCUGUCAGUAUGUGGCAGGAAUUGUGGGUAAAAACCCGUUACUCCUGAGAGAACUGAAUCUGAGUGAAUGUGAACUUGGAGACACACGAGUGAAUCAGAUCACUGCUCUACUGCAGGAUAAACACUGUACACUCAACACACUGAUUCUGUGUGGAUGCAGAAUUACAGAGAAACAGUGUCAGAUCCUGACUUGUGCUUUGUGUUCAAACCUUUCACACCUGAGAAAACUGAACCUGAGCCGGAAUGAACUAAAUGACACAGGAGCGAAUCACUUAUGUGACGUACUGAAGAAUACAGACUAUAACCUGGAGAGAUUGAGUAUAAGCUGCUGUUAUAUGUCAGACAAGGGUUGUUUUGCUGUGACUUUAGCUCUGAAAUCAAACCCUUCACAUCUGAGAGAACUGAACCUGAGCUGGAAUCAACUUGGAGACUCUGGAGUGAAAAACCUCAGUGAUCUACUGAUGAACCCACAAUUCAAGAUUGAAAUAUUAGCUCUGUGUAAUUGUAUGAUUACCGACAAAGAGUGUCUUAUCCUGACCUCAGCUCUGAUAUCAAACCCAUCACACCUGAGAGAACUGAAGCUCAGUGGGAAUCAACUAGGAGACUCUGGAGUUGAAAACCUUGGGCUUCUGCUGAGCAGUUCACAAUGCAAGAUGGAGAAACUACAUCUGUGUGAAUGCAGUAUCAAAGAGAGACAGUGUUUCAUUCUGACUUCAGCUCUGAAAUCAAACCCAUCACACCUGAGAGAACUGAAGCUCAACGGGAAUCAAAUAAAAAACGAAGGAAUGAAUCACUUAUGUGAAUUACUGAAGGAUCCACACUGUAAACUGGAGAAACUGUGGAAAGUGGAGAGCAGACAGGAAAGAAAGGAUGAUAUUGGCACUCGAUCGCCGUGUCCCAGCGACUCAAUAGUCUUACGGUGUUGUGCAUGUUUAUUUAAAACUAGAUAACCGAAACAUUUCUGAUUUUGAUCCUCUCUGCUCUUACUU